CUCUUGCCCUCUUCUCCGCGACGCGUACAGCCGCGACUUUGUGGGCAGCCAAACAAGGGUAGCUGCGCCGCCGUGGCUUCGCACCAAGCAAGGGUAGCUGCGCGUAUAUAUCCACCCAAGGGGGAGGAAUCUGCAGCGCGGCUUUGCCGUACGCGUAUGUUCUUUGACUCGCAGCACUCUUCCGGCUCCCGUUCCACGACUGCUCGAUCGAGAGGCAUUGUAGAUCUCGUCAGCAUAGGGGCGCCGUAGAGGUCAGCGGAUCGACGGGCGUGAGUUCUUCUAUACGUCCUCUGCUAUCUUGCUAUCUCCUCUCCGUACUAUAUUUUUCCUUAGUCUGAAACUCUGAAUAUGUAGAGUUGUGCACUAAUGUUGCUGAACAAUUCGCUUUAUUUACGGCCGAGGCACGGCAAUUGGCGGAUGUGGGAGCCGAAGGUGUCCGCCAGCUACUCCCUAUAAUAGCGCUUUCUUUUUCUUGGGUCGAGUUGUAAGGGUAUUUGAGAAGCCAGUUCCUAAGAACCACUCGCUGCAUUUAGGCAUGGCGGAAGGCAUCGUUGCCUCUCUGACGGUCAAGCUGGGGGUGGCCUUAGCGACUCAGGCGGCAACGUUUGGUGGGUCAUGCAUCGCCCACGAAGUCUCUGCUUUGAGAAGGCUCUUCAGCGAAAUGGAGGAAAUCAAGGAUGAGCUGGAGUGCAUGCAGUCCUUCUUGCAGGUUUCCGAGAGGCUCAGGGACUGCGACGAAACGAUGGCGACAUUUGUUAGGAAGGUACGGACCCUCUCCUUUGGCAUUGAGGAUGUUGUUGAUGAGUUCAGCUACAAGUUUUGCGAUGAUCAUGGCGGAGCAGCUACCAGAGCGAUACGGAGGCUCAGGCAUGUCAGGACAUGGCAUCGCCUUGCCUUUCGGCUUCAGCGAAUCAAAGCCAGCCUAAAAGCUGCCGUAGAAAGAGUGAAGAUAUUCAGUACAGAAGGGACUAUCAGGGCACAACAACCUCAAGCAGAAGAUAAGGAAUUGGGAUCAUCUGAUUCUACUAGCACUGGAACAGCUAACUGCCUGGUUGGGAUUGAGCGUAACAGGGACUUACUGACUGGAUGGCUAACAGAUGAUAAGCAGCAUCACAUGUUGAUGUCUGUGUGGGGCAUGGGUGGAGUCGGAAAGACUACCCUUGUAACACAUGUUUAUAACAUUAUCAAGGAAAGAUUUGAGAGACAUGCAUUCGUUACAGUUUCACAACACUGUAGGGCUGCUGAUCUGCUAAGACAGAUACUGAAGAAGUUCUGCAAGAAAGAUCAUACUGUGACGCAGUGUGAAGGCAUCGAUUCCAUGGAUCGUGAAAGCCUUGUUGAGGUUCUGCAAAGUUAUCUGCACAAUAAAAGGUAUAUCCUCAUCUUGGAUGACCUAUGGGAUGCAAAUGUUUGGUUUGAAAUUCGUGAUGCAUUUGCUGGGGGAGAUGGUUCCAGCAAGAUAGUGCUUACUUCAAGGAUCCAUGAUGUAGCAGCACUAGCAAAAGAGAACUACAUAAUCGAUCUCGGACCGCUGGAAAGCCAACAUUCAUGGGAUUUAUUCUGUAAAGAAGCAUUUUGGAAAAUGGAAGAUAAAAGUUGUCCUCCAGAACUGGAAGUGUGGGGUCGAAAAAUCGUAGAGAGUUGUGAUGGCUUACCGAUAGCUAUCGUGUGCAUAGGACGCCUCUUGUCCUUCAGAAGCCAGACCUGUUAUGAAUGGGAGAAAGUGCAUAAAGAUAUUGAGUUGCAGCUAACGAGCAAUUCGGUCCUUGAUAUGAACCUCAUUUUGAAGGUGAGCUUGGAGGAUCUGUCAAACAAUUUGAAGAACUGUUUCUUAUUCUGUAGUUUGUUCCCAGAAGACUACAGGAUCAGAAGGAAGAAGCUAAUCAGGUACUGGGUGUCAGAGGGAUUUAUUAAAAGGAGUGAAACAAGAACAGAGGAAGAGAUUGCCGAGGAUUACCUGAAUGAGCUGGUUAACCGGUGCCUGCUACAAGUCGCUAAGAGAAAUGAAUUCGGACGAGUUCGUGAAUGUCGAAUGCAUGAUGUGAUCCGUGUUCUUUCUCUGUCAAAAUCAAAAGAGGAUAUGUUUUCUGUUGUUUAUGACAGCUCAAAAACAAGCUCUUUACUAGGAAAAGCACGAAGGAUGUCAAUGCAGAGUGUGGAUUCUAUGCCUCCAAGACAUGAGGUAACACAUGUGCGCUCGUUACUUGUGUUUGACAAAUGUGUCCCUAUGGACGCCCUAAGUGCUUCAUUUACGUCACUCAAGCUGUUGUCAGUUUUAGACCUAGAGGGAACUCCAGUUAUAAUUAUACCCACUCAAGUCUUCAACUUGUUUAAUCUGCGAUAUCUGGGUCUGCGAGGAACUGGAAUUGAUGUGCUUCCUAAAGAAAUAAAAAAGUUACAGAACUUAGAAGUAUUGGAUGCUUACAACACAAGAGUUACAAAACUGCCUGAAGAAAUGACAAAGCUCCGGAAGUUGAAGCACCUGUUUGCAUCUAGAAUCCAAGGUGGCGCUGCCAGCAAUGUCGUGGUAUCCACUGGUGUAACUGCUCCCCAGGGAAAAUGGCAGUCCACUACUCUGCAAACUCUUCAAAAUUUCGAAGCAAAUGACGAGAUGUUGCAGAACAUUGCAUGUUUGUCCGGGUUAAGGACGCUUGGCAUCACAGAUAUAAGAUCAGGUCACUCUGCAAGGUUGUGCAGUGCUAUCUCCAAGUUGUGCAACAUUCGACAUUUGUUGGUUUCCUCGAAACGUGAUGAAGUGCUGCAGCUUCCAUCUGUUCAGCUGCCUCAAACAAUUCAGAAGCUCGAGGUUGGGGGUCUGCUGGAGAAGGCCACAGCGCGUAACCUCUUCAUUUCAAUUCGGUGCCUUGAGAACAUCACCCAUCUCCAUCUAUGGUUCUCAAUGAUCAACCAUGAUCUCUUCUGCUACCUCCGAUCAGAUUGUUUGUUAUCGCUCUGUAUUCUGCAUGCGUUUCAAGGUGAGAUCAUGUUGUUCUCUGCAGGAUCAUUUCCUAAACUUCAGUCAGUCGUGAUACACGGUGCACCAAAACUCAGACAGAUCAAGAUAGAAGAAGGUUCAAUGGCAAACCUGGUCCGUCUUACGGUAACAGGUUGUCCAGAACUGAAGGAGCUGCCUCAAGGUGUUGAGUUCCUCCAAAACCUCGCAGCAUUGCACCUUGAGAGCACGGCUGAUGAUUUUCUUGAGAAGAUUCAGUCAGAAGAAGAAUGGGAGGUACACCAGAGCAAGACUAGCCACAUCAAGAAGGUUUAUGUAAGAUUCUCAGGAAAUGAAUAAAGUACAUUCUACUAAUAGAUUCUUAGCCCGUUUCUCUAGGACGGACAAAAAAAUAGGUUCUGAGAUAGUGGUCCAAGCUACCGGAAAGAGUUGUAACUACGUUCAAAUAACCAUUUUCAGUUUCUGCUGCUAGUGAAAAACUGGGACACUAUCUAAAACAGUUAUAAGUUUGUAACAAAUUGUGCGUUUUAUACAUUAUGAUUUCCUGAUUCAUUUGUCUAUUCUCA